AUGUCUGAAAAAUCUAAAACUCGUCCAUUGAGUGCCAGUCGUAAACGACGGCAUCGUAAUCGUCGUUCAAGUUUAAAUGAUGAUUCACGAUUACCCGAAAAUAUAUCCAAUUCAUAUCCAUUAUCAUCAGAACCUAAUAUUCUUUAUUCUGGUGUAGAUCUCCGUACAACAAAAGAGAAAAUCGAAAGUUUAGAAAAUGAAAUGAAACUACUCAAAGAUGAUUCAACUCCAGAAGAAUAUCUUAAUGCGCUUGUCCUUGUACAACUCUAUACAAGUUUUGAAUAUGGUGAAAUAUCUAUUGAAAAUGCUCGUACUUAUUUAAAUUUAAGCAAAUUCUAUCUUGAUAAUAGAAAUUUAUUACCUCAAGCUAAAUUUCAUAUUUUGAAAGCUCGACAAAUUCUUGAACAAUUAAAUAUAAAACCUACUGAUGAUCAAAUCAUACAAAAUUUACUUGGUUUUGAUAUAUAUUUUUUAUUAAUUAAAUGUUCUUUUUAUGCAAAACAAUAUUCAUCUCAACGUGAUGUUAAAAUAAAAAAUAAACAUAUUCUAUCAAUUGAUACAACACAUAUUGAUCAUGAUCUUUUUAUAGUUGAAGAAUAUUUAGAAAAAUUGAAACAUUUAAUGAAUUCAAAUGAUUAUUAUGAAAAAAAUAUGGAUUAUUUAUUAAUUAAAUUUGAUAUAAUUAUUAAUAAUUUAAGACAAUUUGAUUUUAAAAUAAAGAAUUUAAUAAUAAAUAUUAUUGAAAAUAUUGAUAAAUAUUCUUUAAAUGAUAAAAUAAAUCAUAAAAUUGAUAUUUAUUUACGUUCAGGAUUCUAUUUAAUUAAUUUUGAUGAUCAAAUUGGUGAAGGUUUAAAAAAUUAUAAAAUAGCAGUUGAAUUAGCUGAAGAACAAGAAAAACAAGAACCAUCAGAUAUACAUAAAUGUCAACUUGCAAAUGCAGUUUUUCAAUGGGGAAAAGCACGAGUAAAAAUUGAUCGUUUAAGAGAAAGUACAGAAAGAAAAUUUAAACGUGCAAUUGAAUUAUAUCGACAAGUAAAUGAUGAAGAUGAUGCGAAUGUUUUAAAAGUAAUCGAUGAAUUAGCCACUUAUUAUACGAAAGUGGAAAAUUUUCAGGAUGCCUUAAAUAUACUUCGUGAUAGUUUGCCUGAUAAAAAACGAUUAUUUGGUGAUUUUUCAGAAGAAGUUAUUCAAACUGAAUCACGUAUUGGUGCUAUUCAUUUACGUGAAUGUGAAUAUCUUGAUGCAGCUGAACAUUUAAAACAAUGUCUUGAUCUACAAGAAUUUGUUUAUGGUCCAAAAGAUUCAAGAACAUGUCAAACAAGAGAUGCACUUGAAAUUUUAAAAAAAGAUCCGACGGUUUCUCGAACGUUUUUCUCUCGAACACAAGAUGGAAUACGGCAAGAUCGACCAGCAUUUCGAUUAUCAAAUAAAGUUUCACAUGAAAAAGAAGAUCAUGAAUUGUUAUUAACUGUAACAAAAAAACCACCUAUUUAUUCGAAAAAUUAA